AUGAAAAAUACGGUGGACCAAUUUAUGUCCGUAACUGAAUCAAGCAUUGGCAAAGUCCGGCACAAUUUUGGGCCUAGCAGCUGGAAACCUUUUCUUCCAAAGGGAUUUUCAAAUUUCGAAAUCCAUCAUAUUGUGUCUGGAAUAUUAGGAGUGGCAAUUGGAGUGGCGGGUUUGCUUCUAUCCCUAAGAGAUGGCAAGGUCCUCUAUCUUCAAGUACCAUGGACAGCAGGGCAAAGAGCGUUAUCAAAGGUGGAGUACACAGUAGCUGGACUCCAGAAUCUCGGGAAUAAUUGUUUUCUCAAUGUAGUUCUUCAGGUAUGGUUUCUCGCGUAAUUGGAGCUAAUUUUAUUUUUUUCCUAUGUAUGAGAAUUUUUUUUGCCAUCACUAACUUCACCCUGUACUGACAUAGAACUACAGAGGCAACCAAUUUUCUUUUACAGCAACCGAAAUAUCAUAUUGUUUCCCACCAUUUUAGAAUCAGUGUCUAGGGCUUUCACGAGCUGAGUUGGGGAUUUUUUCCUGAGGGCCAAUAAACUCUGCUUCUAUCGUUAUUGGAUCAAGUUCGGAAAGCUGAGUUUUGUGAUCUUUAAAACUCUUUUAAUUUCGAUAAAUUUUCUUGCUUAAAUUUAUAGACAUGAUAAGUUUUUUUCCAUUCUAUUAAUGGACAUGUUGGGCAUAGUUUUCACGGGCUUUUAUGUUACUUCUGGUCUCCACUUUCUUUGGUUCUCGUACAAGGUUUACCACAUUGUGAUGUAGCCUUUUUUUUGGAAAAUUUUGUCAGCAAAUUGUUUGCAUUAUCUGCUCAAGGUUUUAAAUUACACGAUUUACAAUGCUAUUUGAUGUAUUCUCCAAGAGAUUGCUGAAUUCAAUUUGGUGCAUCUGGUCAGGCACUGGCUAGCUGUGGAUCAUUUCGUUUCUUUCUCAGAAAUACACUUGAGGCUGAUGAUGUUGAAAUAGAGGAAAGAGCUGAGAAAUUUCCGUUAAGUGUAGCUUUAGUUUUUUUGUUGGAAGGUAUGGUUCUUUCUCAGCAUUGCGAAAAGAUUCAUUCUGAUUUGUUUUCUGAUGAACUUGUUGUAGUCUCGAGCGUAAACUAUGAAUGACCGUAAGAGAAUAUCACGAAUAAGAGUUAUUGCAAGUCUGCACAGUCCAAAUGGAUUUUGAUAUUUUUUCAAUAAAAAAUUACGGUCAAGAAACCAAGAUCUUGAAUUAUGCCUUUUACGACCAGAUUCUCUGUUGUUCUCCUUAAAAAAUGAUACGAACUUAUGAUUCGACUCCAUAUUUGCUAGUUCUUGUAUGGUCUAUCCUAUUCUUUUCUCUCUGAUUCUAUUUAGUUUCUUUUGACAAACCUUGGCCUGCCAGGUGUCUUCAUGUGUUUAGGCCUACAGGACAGACCCAUGUCUUGCGUCAUAAUGAGAUUGUCUAUUGGGGUUGAGUUGGACUUGAGUUUUUAUUCUGCUGCUAAAUCUCACGCUGAUUUACUCUUUCCGAAAUUUAUUCAUUAUUUUUGUUUUUUGCAGAACUCUGUACUGUUCGUGAAAAAAGAAUUGUGCUUAGUCCACGAAAAGUGAUGCUUGCUAUGAGUUCCUAUGUCUCUAAUUUUAAUCUAUCAAGACAGCAGGUUCUUCUCAUAUGGAUUUUUUCUCGAGAUAUUUUAUUUUACUUGUUUAUUUUUUCCUAUACUGUGUAUCUUUUCGUCUUCAUUGUCAUCUUCUUGUGGAACGAAGUAAUAGAUCUAUACAUUCUAAUCCAUUUUUUUUAUAGGAUGCAGCUGAGGCGUUCCUCCUUCUUUUGUCUUCUUUGGAAGAGGAACUCUUGCAACGUUAUGUGCCUCCUUGCGGUUCUCUAAUGGACGUUUCUGCUUUCUCUUGCAAGAUUUCUUCUCCAAAGUUGUGCAGGGAAGAGAAAAGUGAGUGCCAGCGCUGGCAACGGUACCUUUUUGGUCAAUUUGAUGGAAUCGUUGGGAGCAUCCUUACUUGUAGGAGUUGCUCAUCUCAGGUGAGGUCUUCAGUUCACUUCUCCGAGUUUAUAAUCCCAAGAAACAACCUGUUCAGUUUCAUGGUCAUUGCAUGUUCAAAGUCGUGUGGUCAGUCAUACAUAAAGUGUAUGGAUGCAAGAAUGCACUAUUUUACUAUUAGUAAGAAAUCUUGUCUCCUUCUAUUGGUCUUAUUUCCUCGUUUUGGCCAUAUUUCUUGGCCCCAGUUGUUUAUUUUCGUGUCAUCUGCUUCUUCAUCACUUCUACAUUUUAUGAAUCAAUUGUCAAAUUUUCCAUUAUAUCAUUUGUUAAGAUUAUUAUGAAAAAUAUUUUGCUCCUCGUGGAUUUGACAUAACUCCGGGAGUAGCCAAAAUGAUGUCUGAAAGUAUAAUCGUCACUGAUCCUUGUCAUGAGAGAAGAGUUGGUUUUUUUAGAGGGAUGCAGCUAGAAUCACAGUUGGAUGCUUCGUUCAGUCUACGACCAGAUGGGUGUUCUAUUUAUGCUUGCUCUACUUAUGGUCUCAAUUACUGCCGCACUGUGUGUACUUGGAAAGAUAGAACAAGGAUGUCAGGAUGGCACUUAGAUGUCCUUGUCCGAAUCAAUCUCUCCUCUUUUCUUGUUGCCAAUGAUGUGUAAUCUUACGAGACGACGUCUCCCGCUUAGAUGGCAGCAUAAUCUAUUCUGGAAGUGAUAAUAUACGGGACCAUUUCCAUGUGACACGACAUCUUCAAACGUCUAAUGUGACCCUGUUCAAUCCAAGAAGUUCAGUGUGGAUCUGGGGACUCAAAGAACCAGGAUGCCGGUGGUGGCUGGAUUGAUUUAAUUGUUUCAUCUACUGAGAAGGAUAUUGUCGUCAUGUUGUAGAGAAGGAAGUGAUGGCACUGGUGUUGGCGAGGAAGGCCAUGGUGAUCUAGUGACGAGGGGAACCAGGAUGCCUUGAGCUGCAUUGACGAGGGGAAGGAGUGGUUAUGGAAGUGACAGCACGGAUGCCAUUAUGAACAGAGAUAGAAUAUGAGAAAGAGGAAGAGUUAGGAAUUCCUGCCAGUACUUGGCCGAGACAGGAGGAAGCCAAACGGCAUAUAAAUACAAAGGUGUAGCAGCCAACGAAUAUUCUGCUGUGUGAGUAACUCUAUAAUUGAUUGCUGAUGCUUACCCAGUGCUUAGACAAACACAAAAGACGAGAACGUUACCAGAUUGUAGAGUUCAAUGGUGGGCAGAGAAUGCAACUAUUCCUUGAGAAGAACAUGCAAUGAACAUUGCACGUUCUCUGUUUCGCGAAUUUCCUGAUAAAUAAUGGCGAGUUAUUAGUGGCAUGGUAGCAUCUCAGCUUGUUCACUGGUAUUCAAUUGCUCCUCCUGGGAUCAGUUUCCUCUACGAUGAAGCACUGGAAUUCUAGUGUCUCAUAAUAGAAAGACCAAUAGGAUCGUAUGAUCAAAUUAGCUUGCACUUUUCAAACCCAUAUAAACCUUGAUUUUUUUUUAAUUGACUUUAGGCCCUAGUUCUGAUUUUUUUCACCUUAUCCUCAGCAUUCUUUAUAUAGUAUUAUUCUACCAUGCUGACUUUAUUCUUAUUAUGUUCACAAGAGGGUCGUGCUGCAUUUUUUUCAACUCGACAAUGCUUGAGAUUUCCUUUUCACUGCAUUUUCUCUUCACAGCUAUCCUUGGACUUCCAGUUUUUCCGUUGCCUGCACAUUGCGCCAGUACUGGAUAGAAAUGGAGCAGUGGUACGAUUGCUGGGUUUACAUCUUUUUCUAAGCACUGCAUUUUCCCCAAUUUAAUUUAGCUUUUCUCUCCUAUGUUGGGGGGGGGAUCGUGGUAGAAGGAUAGCUGCACCUUGGAAGACUGCCUCAAAUCCUUCACCACGACAGAGAGCCUAGAGAGCUAUUGCUGCUACCGAUGCUCCCAUAUCAAGGCACUGAAAUAUCUGUGCCUUAGACCAGAGGAAAAUAAGGUAUCUAUUUUGGUGCUUUCUCAUGAUGGUUUUAUACACGGUUGGUCAUGGCUCAAACCCAUAUCCUCUACCGCCAAGGUGAAAAUAGAGCGCAUUGGUCAAUGUGUCAAGUUUGACUCCUGCGAUUGCCGGAGUCUCUUCACUCGAGAUGGUCCGUCAUGGCCAACGGGUUCCUCAAAUGCAUCAAAGCGGCUCGUAAUUGCCCGCUGCCCAAAGGUAGAAUUCUCCCACAAUAUUCCUCUCAGCAGCAUCCAAGCAGUUCUGACGGCUCCACUUCAGAUUUUGUGCGUUCAUCUGCAGCGAGCUGCCAUGGGUUUAUCCGGUGAAAUGAUAAAAGUUCAGGCACGCUCGAUUCUCUCUCUCUCUCUCUCUCUCUCUCUCUCUCGCUCUCUCUCUCUCUUUCUCUUACUCGUGAUGCAGAUUAGUUUCAUUCAGCUGGCUUAUGUACACGCGUACUGCUUUGACUGCAGGGCCAUGUGUCAUUUCCUCUGGUUCUGGACCUCUUUCCAUUCACGGCAGCUGCAAAGGACGUGGAGCUAGGGACCUCUGGGGAGACAAUUCUGGAACGAGCUGAGAAACAUCAAGCGUCGGCCUUUGUGGGGCAUCAUCUUGGUAUGCAGCAAUGGCUGAGAGCAUUGCCUUGUUUGGAUAACCUCAACGGAGGGGAUUUUUCUGGUGAAUCCCAUACUGAAAAUGGUGGAUUGAAGCCCAGAGAUGCAUCAAUGAGGGAGAGAGAUCCUUCUGAGGCGCCUUGCUCUUGGUCUCUUGAAAAGGUCAGUUGACUUCCUCUUACAGACCGAAGUUGACUUUGCCAUCUGUCAGAUUUCUACCGUCCUUACAUAAUAUAUUCAUUCUGUUCAUGCAUGAUGCAUCAGCCGCAAGGCUUCUUAGAUAGAUGUAUAGAACAGCCAUGUCGGGGAGGAGAAUCUCCUGUACUGUGGUUUCUCUCUCUUUCCGCUCAAGAUCGCCCUUGGAUAAUAAAAUUGAUUUAAAUGAAUAAUUACUCUGGGUAUUGGUUCACUGGUUGCAUGAUGGUUCCUAGCUGGGUUCUUCUCAGAAGCCCAGAGCGGGUUUUCUCAUUCGCGUUGACUUCCCCAUAGUCCUCACAUUGCAACCCAUCUCUUCAUCUCUCUCUCUCUCUCUCUCUCUCUCUCUCUCUCUCUCUCUCUCUCUCAGAUAGUUGACUUCCCCUGUGCAUGGUGUUAUGGAGGUCUAAUUGUGCAGAACCCAUUACAUAAGUGAUCAUAUUACAUUUAUAUACUCUUUUUAUUCACAUUUUCCUCGUUGUUUCCCCUUCUCCCGCAGGCCCCUUCAUCGAGCUCCAUCCUCCGCCUCAUCUCUGUCGUGGAGCACUACGGCGGCUCUGGAGGUGGGCACUAUGCAGUUUACAGAAAACUGACAGUUGACCCUCACGAGGCGGGCCCCAUGGUGUGGACCCAGGGUCAACCUAGUCAAUGGUUCUACAUAUCCGACCACAGAGUGUCCCCGGUCUCCGAAGAGGCUGUUCUCGGAGCAGAGGCCAGCCUCCUAUUCUACGAGAGAGUCAACGCGUUGACUCCGUGA